CGGGACUGCGGGGCCACUCGUCCUUCGGCUCAGCUCAGCGCACAAUGUGUCACUCUCGCAGCUCCCUCCCCACCAUGACCGUCCUGCGGGCUCCGACCCCGGUCUCCUCCACCAGCCCGGGACCCCGACGGGGCUCCGGUCCAGAGAUCUUCACCUUCGACCCUCUCCCGGAGCCCGCGGUGGCCCCCGCCGCGCGCCCAAGCGCCACCCGCGGGCACCGAAAGCGCAGCCGUAGGGUCCUCUACCCACGAGUGGUCCGGCGUCAGCUGCCAGUCGAGGAUCCGAACCCUGCCAAAAGGCUGCUCUUUAUCCUGCUGACCAUCAUCUUCUGCCAGAUCCUAAUGGCUGAAGACGGUGCGUCUGCACCCCUGGCCCCGGAGGACACCUCCAACGCGCCGUCCCCCGCGCCCACCGCUGCAGCCCCGGUCUUCGAGCCCCUUAAUCUGACCUCGGAGCCCUCGGACUACGCUUUGGAUCUCAGCACUUUUCUCCAGCAACACCCGGCCGCCUUCUAACCGGGACUCCCCACAUCCCCACAAAGAACCUGAAAAACCAAGAAACACUGGGUGUACCUGGUGCGCAAGAGCGUAUCCCAAACUGGGACUCGCGAGGCAACUCGCACUCAGAACACUACGGCGGAGACGCCAGUCCGAGCCUGGGAGAGACAGGAACCGGCACGCCGGGGCUAGGCCGGGUGGGGAAGGAGUGCGUCGUUAACUUAUUUCUCAUUGCUCCUAAUAAUAUUUAUGUGUAUUUAUGUGUGUCCCCUAGGUGAUGGAGGGGUGUGUGUAAUAUUUAUUUUAACUUAUGCAGGAGUGCGAGAUGUGCACCUUGCUGCAAAUGCAGGUCUCUGGGUAUUUAUUGGGCUCUGUGGGAUUGGUGGAGGCAAGCACCCAGAACUGAGGGAGGCCGGGAAAAGGGAUGGAGGAAGCCCGGGUCGAGAUGGCGCCCGGGCUGGGAGUCAAGGACGGUGGUGGGUCGUAGUGACACUCUCAGUCCUCCAGCAUCUCAACUCGUGAGUCUGUGAAGAUUCGGGGAGCCGUUGAGAAUAAGGUCCCUGGCCUUCGAUCUCCUCCAAGUUGCCUCCAAGGGGGUGGCUGCGGGGUCGGUGGGCUGUCAGGAGGCUGGGGUCGCCCCGUAUGUUCUAUGAACACAAAUAAACUUGAUUUAUUGUCAGCA